AUGACUCAGUUGUCGCCGCUUGCAUCAACGGCCGUAAAAUACACAAGCCUGUUGGCGCGCGUGGCGUGCUUCGGCCGCCGUGGAGUUAACGACCCCCUGCCACACGUCCUUAUUUGCCGCGAGGUUGCAAUACCGUGUUUGUCGCCUGUAUCGAAGUGUUUUGUCCCCACUGCCCUCCUCUCGUACGUCCCUUCCCUAACAGAGGGAGGGGCGCCGCACGUCACUACCGCUUCAUCGGGGGCGGAGUCAUUGGCCAGGGUCGUUGGUGUGCACACACAUCGUCACUGCGGGUGGGGGUGGCGGCAGCAGCAGCAACUCACGCUAGGAAUGAGGUGUGGCAAUGCGCCUCUGCAGCACCAGCGCCGAGGCAUGGCAACGCGUGACAACUGUAUGGCUGACAGCACAUGCCUUACCGCCUCAACGCGGGCCGAGGCACUCGAGCGGCAAGAUAAGCGGGAGGAGCAGGAUAAGACAAAACAGGAAGGGAGAAGCCGGAAACCGCGUCUAAUAUGUAAGGUUUGGCGCUCUGUGAAGCCUGUUAGCAGGGCGGCGUGCAACGGUAACGGUGGAAGGCUGAGACCAUGCAGUUGUACCGCUGACUUAGUCGACGCCUCAGGUGGAGGUGGUUCCUCGGUCUCGACUACGACUCGGUUGGGUUCUCGUGAAUCCGCGGCUGCACUUAGCGGGGCACGGCAGGAGAAUGACCAAAAUCAAAUGUACGAACAGCGAUGCGAUGAGGGCAUUGAUCAGGCGCAGAAUGCGUCAGUCAUGACCGUUUUAGGUGGAGAAAGCAAACAGCAUGAAGAGCUGGCACGCAUCCAUCCUUCCGCUUUCCCAAAUACAGUGACGACUACAAGGGGGAGAAGUCAGCACGACGGGGAUGCUCUUGUGUACAAUGUUUUUACGCACCGUGUAGUGAAACGCUCCGCCGCGAGCAUACGAGCUUUGGUGGUGUUGGGCAUUGGUGUCUCCCAAGAGUCACAAGAGCUUGACGUGGUGGACCCUGCCGCUCUUCUUGAGUUGCGAAGCAAACUCCUGAUGAAGCAGGUGAGUUGGCCGGCGUUGUGGCGGAGCUCUCUUUUCCGACAGGUACAGUAUGUUCUUAUACGCACAAGAGCGAGAGAAGAGGCGGCAGCGGCGGUGGUGGAGGAAGUUCGGUGUUUACUUCGUACACACUACCAACGAGCCAAAACCCGCAGUGGCGCCGGAGUUGUAUCAAAUGAUGACACCAUGGGGAGCCGAGAUGGCUCCUCCAGCGAUGAGGCCAGUUCGAGCAGCAGUAUGUUACUGGAGGAACGGUUAUUUACGUAUCAAGAUUUGAAUGCAGAGCAGCAGCGUGUUGUGGAUUUUGUUCUUGAAGGACACAACACAUACAUUGGAGGAGGGGCUGGUACGGGCAAGUCGCUGCUGCUGCGUGUGAUUAGGCAAGAGCUGGUGCGUCAGGGUCUCUCGGUUGCCAUGACGGCAACGACCGGUAUUGCGGCGACGCGAAUUGAUGGUGUGACGCUGCAUCACUGUUUUGGAGUGAAUAUGCAUGGCGAAUGUACACGUCGGGGCGAAUUGCGUGCGUUUGAUGUGAUUAUUGUGGACGAAGUAUCAAUGUUGUCGAGGGAACUAUUUGAAUCGCUCGAGUACCAACUUCGGCGAGCAAACAGUGUGGAUUUACCCUUCGGCGGGGUGCAGGUGAUUUGUUCAGGGGACUUCCUGCAGCUUGGUGCAAUAGCCUCGCUGCCCCUCGUACACUCCGCAGUGUUUCGACGAUACUUUGCGAUGCUUAAACUGCGACAGGUGGUGCGGCAGUUGGGGAAUGAGCAAUUUGUGCGACAGCUACAGGAACUGCGUCGUGGUAACGUCCCGCAUGACCUGCAGGACACGAUCACGUUCUUGUCGCCUGGAGAGAGUGCGAAGGCCAUGAUGACGAAUGAAGAAUCCGCAGUAAAGCUUCUCCCCACAAACAAGGAGGUUGAUGCAAUUAACCAGGCCGAGUUGGAGAAGUUGCCUGGGGAGCUUGUGGUGCUUCCAGCUCAGCUCCAGUCACCGUCGCUGUCUGGCCGAUGGACGGCAACGUAUAUACUAGCUGUGCAGCACGGAGACGCAACCGCCUUGGACAAGAAUAAAUUGUUUGUGGCGUUGGAGCAGUAUGUGUUUGAAUUUGUGCAAAAAGUACCAAAUGCCUCCAGUCUGACAAUAUCGCUUUUAGGUCAACGGCAUGUUGUCCUCUACAAGUUGUUUGUGGACGCUUUUGUGUUCCGGGUGCGCAUUCCGCAUGAACUAAAUGAGAAGGAUGAACACGAGCUUGCGUGUCACCUGCGUAACCUGGAGACAUGGCUCCCGGUGCAAGGGUUAGGAGUCUACCUGAGGGAAAUUGUGGCGUCACCUGAUGGUCUGCACACUGACGUCGACGAGUACAGUCUGACCCAGUACGCGAAGAACUCCCCCAUGAUGUCACCGCUUGGACUCAAGAAGGGUGUAAAAGUAAUGCUUCGCACCAACCUCUCCCCAGGUCUUGUGAACGGCAGCCUUGGCGUCGUGGUGGGGUUUACGGAGUUGAAACUGGACAAUCUACCGCGGUAUCUCACUAAAUUUGGGCGGCUAGAGGCCGUGGAUAGUUACACCGAGUUCCUUCAGUAUGAGCACAGUUUUCCCGUCGCUUUGGCUCCUAAAGUGGACUUUGGUGGAGACAGAGUGAUCGUUGUUCCACCCACGACCUUUUUUGUUGGGGGAUUAUCGAAUACAAACCAUUAUCACAUGGGUAUUGUGGCGUUUCCGCUGUGCCUUGCCUACGCCUUUACCGUGCAUAAGGUGCAAGGGCUGACCUUGGUGGGGCGCGUGCACCUUGAGCUCUCCCGCAUGUGGCCCUGUGAGCACCUGUUGUAUGUUGCCAUGAGUCGUGUGAGGAACCCGGAUCAGCUGACGGUGUCUUCAUUUCACAGAGAUUUGGUUCGCUGCGCCACGGAGUGUUUGCUCUUUGAUGAGUCUCUGCCAUGCGUUGAGGGGGUGCGCGUCUUGCCACACUUUUUUCAGGCCACAUGGCGCCGUGUUCCAAGUAGACGCAAGCUGGCUCUCCGUCAGAAGCAAAUGUCGAAGAAACACGCGAAACACGACAAUGCUGGCGCACAAAGAGGCUUUUUAAGGAGACGAGUCAGCGUUGUGCCUGCUGGCCGUUGA